CUUUGGGCUUGUGUGAAGCGUUUGUCAGCGACCUCAUCUCAGUUCGAGUUUCGGUUCAAUCCUUUCCUUAACCCGCACUGCGCUCCUAUUAGUCCGGCUCAGCGUCGUAGGCACAACUCGUGCUUUCCGUGACUAAUUGAAGAUGGCAUCGAAUACAAAGGGCGGAGGCGCAAACCGUCUCUCGUUCGCAAAGAUCGCAGCAAUGCCUCCUCCCUCCAAACUGGAGUCUCCGAUUGCCCACCCUGAAGAGAACGGCUCUCAAUUAACCGAACCACCGACGAGCCCAUCGGCAUACCACACUUCCAGCACGACCUUACCCCCGGAGCAGUCCGUCAUUCAGUCGAAAGAAAACAGCGCAGACCGACAGAUUGAAGGCCUCGGAAAAGCCGUAAAGGCUCUUGGGCUUACAAAAGGGAAGAACCCGGAGGGCUCAGAGUCCUCUGGAGACCCACAAGAGAACGGCGUUCUCAAGAGAGAAACAUCCUUUGAGGAUGACAGGACUCACCUAUCUAACUCUUCUACUAAACAGACGAGCUUUGACUCGAAAAGCAUGGCGUCUGUUACAACCUUCGCCAUGGACGAGAAGGAUUCGUUACGCCCGGACGACAGCGCAAGCGUCCAGGCUGCGGACGAAGAAGAGUCUCUCUCCGGUCCUGCUUCUGGAGCACCAAACUCGCUGACAGGAUCUGAAUCUGGUGCGAGAGGACUUAGAGAUCACUUGCGGGAUGCUAGUCUCCAGAAAGCAAGAGGCGUUGUCCCCGGCGCUGCGCCCCGUUUCAAUGAUGGCGGUAUCCAGAUUUCGGGAGCGAUUCCCCCGGGCUCUGUUUCUAACAACUUUGUUCUGCCGAAUGCAGACUCCUUCCAAGACGGCAGAUCUCUCCAUGGUUUCCCGUCAGAGCCAGACGAGAAACUUUUGGAGGCAAUGAACUCCCCCAAAGACCGCCUUCUGUUACUACAGCUGGAGGAAAAGAUCCGGAUCUUUAUCCAAGACUCAAAAGAACAAUCUCUGGAACUUCCGCCAUCUAACGCGUUUGGACGGCUCCUCGCACAUAAGCUGGGCGACUAUUAUCACCUAACCCACUUUGUGGACAAUAACGUCACAUCUGUCCGCCUUCACAGAACACCCUUCUGUCGACUGCCUACUCCCCUAGCCUUACUACAUGCCGCUAAUACAACGCCUCCUCCAAGUGCUCCAGCGAUGAAAAUCAUGCGCCGCAAUGGAGAUCGUCCUGGGGGUAGUACAGGUGCUAACUCCUCAGCUCCCUCUAAGACCACCUCGGAAGCUGGUGGAGAAGGUAACGACGAAGAGCGCGGUGGCUCUUCUGCUGGCGCAACACCAGCCAAGGACAGAACUACCAUGACUCGGGAGGAGCGAGAAGCUAAGUACCAAGAGGCUCGGGAGAGAAUAUUCCGCGAUUUCCCCGAGUCGAAGUCUUCCGACAACGCAAGCGGCGAUCAAAGCGCACAGAUGUCCCGUUCAAGUUCGGCCAGUGGUCGAAAGAAAACUCACAGACAGAAAACACCACAUGACGAUAGCUUUGAGGCAAGAUCGCAGUUCAAUGCUUACUACCCAGGGAUGCAUUAUGCUUCCGGUCCGGUCCCAUACAAUGUCCCCAUGGGCGAUGGCUCUUAUACAGGCCAGCCACCUUACAUGGUUGGACCUGGCGCUUCGCCCAGCAUGGGGUACGUCCAGAAUGCCCAGCACAAUGCGAUGUAUUCUGCACCGAUGAACAUGAACUCUGUCCCACAUUAUCCUAUGACGGUCUCUCCUCACAUGGCUCAGAACAACGGUUGGCAGAAUGGUGCUUUGCCUCAAGGAUCGCCAUAUUCAGGAUAUGCGUCCAUCAACCAGCCGUCAGCCAUGAUGGCUCAACAGUCGUCCACGAGGUCUUCUCCCGCGAUGAACAACUACGCUGUUCCCAACACUGCACAGUACCAGCAGACGGCUCCCUCGUGGAUGCCAACACCUUAUCAGUCAAGCUUCCAGCAUUCCCCGCAGCGCAACCCUCCACCCGUACACUGGCCGAACUAUCCUUCUCAGUCCAUGGUAUCAGGACCCGUUACGUAUCCGUAUGGACAACUGCCGGCACAGCCUUACGGCCCGGGAAUGCAGAAUCAUGCAAACCAGCACCCAUUACCUGGGAGCUUCACUAGAUCCCCUUUCAACCCCCAAACCCGGUCUUUCGUGCCUGGUGCUGGGUCCCCCAUGGGUUACCCCGGAAAAGGGAAUCAGCAUGGAAUGGGUCACUCCUAUGGGGGACCUCAGCCUGGCAACCAGCAGCAGUGGGGUGGAUCUCAGUCUCCUGCUUCAAACUAUGCCGCAGGACGCAAUGGCUCAUCUAGUAGCCAGGAUUCUAUCGCGAAAUGGGGCACACCAUCCCAUUUGCCUCCAAAGCCUCCACCCUCAGAGGUCUCUUCUGACUUCGAUAUGAAGAAUAGGAUUACUUCCGUGCCAAACAACAACGGGCUGCCCAACAUGAAAAAUGGACCGCUCGUGGUUUCAGGAGGCUCCAAACAAAACUGAUUUCAAACCGUUAUCAGCCAAUUUCCUUUCUUGUGCAUCUUUGCUAUGUGGCGUGGUGAUACGAACUGCAAUGAAAUAGCUGCGGUGAUCCUCCGGCGGGUGGCGUACCUGGGAAGCUUCUGGUUAUCAUGUGGCGAGCAUCAUAAAAAGUCUGACACUUGGUGCAUCGUAUGUCGGGACUCUCUUUUGUGUUUCCUCAUCCGCAACCUAACCCUGGCAGGUGAAGGCGUGAGCGGGGACCCGAGUAGAGGGAGGGGUCUUUGAGCCGGCAGAACGGCUCGAAGCAAUGCAAACAGAAUUUCUACUCACAUUGAUUGAUAUCCACGCAGUUCUCUCGCGUAGCGGAGGAAUGGCGUGGGCGCUAGGGCAAGAUUCGGGAAAACAUAAUGACUUCCAACGCUGAUCAUCUUCUGUUUGUUAUGGCCAAAGGACGGGGAAAGAAAGA